AUAGUAUUCAGUGCAAUGUGAAUAGUAGUACUAUUUCAUGAGAGUUCGACAUUACAUCAUGACAAAGUCAACUUCAUCGCUUGGGCGACGCAAACCUGGGGAAGUGACGCGUUUCUUGGUGUGCAACCAGCACUUCAUCGUCUACAAGACGCGGCAGGAAGUCGGUCUCGACGUUGUGCUCAUGAAAUCGACCCCCAGGUUCGCACAGUUGCAGCAUGAGCGGCGACGCCUUGGGCCCAAACGUGUUGCCCCACAGAAGCAGACAGCGCAGUCGUGAUCCUGCUUCCGGAUUCUGCAGCUUCAGACAGGCAUUUGCAAGUGUAGCCAUGCCGUCAUCAGUGAGUGACGUGGAACACAGUGACAGUGUCUCCAGAGGUGUGGCCACGUUGGCUUUCAGCACCGUCGCAAAGGCCUUCGCGCCAGCGUCUCCAAUACGGUUAGCGCUCAGAUCAAAUUCUGAUAGUGUAGGGUGACGCAUCAUCAACGCUGCAAGCGCAGAGGCCCCAGUACUUCCGAUGCGAUUGGCGCGGAGAACGAGCCGCCGCAGCGAUCGAUUGUCCAGCAACCGCUCGGCCAGCACUUGCGCGCCGUGAUCCGUCAUUUGGUGCUUGGCCAGACUCAGAUCCGUAAGCACGCGAUUUACUUGCAGCAUCUUCCCAAUGUACUGGACCGCCUCUUCCUCGGUUGUCUUAACAACAGGGUUGUCGAGGUUCAGCGCCUUAAGGCAGCGGUUGACACGCAGCGACUGUGCAAUGGCAAUUAGAUUCGAGACGUCGAAACUCGAAUUGCCUACGUCGAGUUCUUGUAGCGGACAUGUACCCGCACUUAGCAGCGUAGCGAUGGCGUGGCCUCCCGCGGAUCCGAGUGGAUUCCCAUUAAGAUUCAACCGUCGUAAAGGGGAAGCUGCACCAGCAGCACCUAGUGCAGUGCAGAGCAAUCGACAGCUCUCACUACCGAGCCGAUUGCCCUGCAGAUUCAGUUCAGCGAUUCGACACACGUAGGCGGGUGUGGGUUGCAAUAGUCGACCGAGGCUUGACGCAGUGUCUAAAAGGAACUCGCGUUCGUCUCUUCCUCCUUCAUCGUCCUCAUUGUCACUUUCAGCUUCAUGCUGCGUAACAUCCUCUUCGUGCUCUCCAAGGUGGUUGUAGCGCAGAUCAAGUCCGACGAGACCGGGUACUUGACUUGCAUGCAAGGUAUUUGCAAGAGCCACAAGUUGGAUAUUGCGCAGUCGGUGGUGAAAGCCUUCCCGAGUGUUCCCAGCCAGAACCAGCACCAUAUCUGGCCUCUCUUCGGUGGUCUUUGCGCGGCGUGCAGCGAGCGCCUGUGACGUCGCUUGGAAAUUGCUACUGAGCCCGUCGUCCUCGGAUGACGGGAAGAAGUCUGCCAUACGCGCGAUCACAUCCCGGCGCGCCGUGAUGCCCAGCUGCAGGCUCUCCAUCUCAUAGUUGUGGACAAAGUCCUGGAGCGACAUGGCUUCCUCGCAGUCUCGGUUAGAAAAGGUAGCGUCGAGUACCUGAAGCGACGCGGCGUUUCAAAGGAUACUUGUGCUCACCUUUGAGUAGACGUCAUGGUGGCCAAAUCCAAGGCUUCAACUGCUGGACAAGGCGAUGCCAAGGCUAUCGCGGCUGCAACAGCAGCGGCCGCAUCGGCUAACGCAGCACGGGCCGAGGAGGAGCAGCCCGUGGAGGACGACGAUGCGACCAUCAAGACCGGCACCUUCUCCUUCAGCGACGGCAGCAAAUACAGUGUGUUAACGUAGCAAUAGUCAAUUACCAUUAGCUUCGCUUGUGGUUAGCUUAAUGCUCGUAAAUGAUGCAGAGGGAGAGUAUUGCGUGGCCGGCGGCAGAGUUGUUCGAAAGGGGCAAGGCUCCUUCUGGACGGGAGCGGAGAUAUACGAAGGUGAAUGGCUACAUGACCAAAUGCACGGUCGCGGAGUGUACAGCUUUGCCACGGGUGCAAUCUAUGACGGAGAGUUCCAGAACAGCCAAUUCCACGGCGUUGGAAGCUACCGCUGGGCCGACGGCGCGCAUUACAACGGCGGAUGGCACUUCAACAGAAUGCAUGGAGACGGUUUGUAUGUGGACAAAGACGGCGUGGAAUGGCGUGGCCGCUUUGUGAACGGCAAGUACGACAACGGCCGAAUCUUCCACACGUUGAGAUGAAGCAGAACGUUUUAACAAGGAAAUGCACUUUGUGUGUUGAGCAAUAAUAAUUUCUUAUAAAUGGCA